UUUUGAAGAAAUAAUGUGAACCUCUGAAUCCAAUGACAAGUAGUAGUUGUGAUGGGUAAUGACUUAGUAACAGCCUAAACGCGCAUUUUUAUGAGGCAGGUAACUCUUCUCAGGCAAGUAGAAAGCAGACUAAUGAGAUGUUCCUAUGGGAUUUGACCUAAGCACUAGAAAGGAAAACAUCCUGCCUGCUGUGACACGGCCUAGGCAAGGCUAUAUAAGCACUUCAAAGAGGAAAAAGCCACAAAGGGCUCAGAAUUUAGACUCAGUCACAGCAGUUUGAGCAUUUGAUCCAGGGGAACCACAGACUUUGAAACAAACCAAAGCUGGGGACACGCUAUGGAUACCAAGGACUGUUCAAUGACUAUUUCUCCUGCAAUGCCAUGCCAACGCUGCUCUAGGAUUACAGAUUUUAGGAUCCGCUCUUCUAACACCAGCUGCCAGUGUGAUGGUCUUGAAGCCGACAGCUGCCAACCCACUGGCCACGUUCUGAGAACUCUCCAGUCCCAGGGCUGCCGACCCACUUCUUGCUUUUGUCCUGUGCCCAUCUGCUUAAUAAACAACUUCAACGCCUGUCCUUCCAUGGAUGGUCAUGGCUGGUGUGGUGAAGGCAUCAACAGUAACGAGAAAGAGACCAUGCAAAUCUUGAACGACCGCCUUGCUAACUACCUGGAAAAGGUGCGGAUGCUUGAACGAGAGAACGCCGAACUGGAGUGUAAAAUCCUGGACGAGUGUAACAAAGAGCUGCCUGUCUUAUGUCCUGAUUACCGGUCCUACUAUGCUACCAUUGAGGAACUCCAGCAGAAGAUCUUGUGUACCAAGGCUGAGAAUUCCAGACUGGUCUCACAAAUUGACAACACCAAACUGGCUGCUGAUGACUUGAGAGCCAAGUAUGAAGCUGAGGUGUCCCUACGCCAGCUAGUGGAGGCAGAUGCCAAUGGCCUACGGCAGAUCCUGAAUGCACUGACCCUGGGCAAAGCUGACCUGGAGGCACGAGUCCAGUCUCUGAAGGAGGAGAUCCUUUGCCUCAAAAACAACCAUGAAGAGGAAGUCAAUUCUUUACAGAGCCAGCUUGGGGACAGGCUCAACAUUGAAGUGACUGCUGCCCCCUCUGUUGACCUAAAUCGGGUUCUACAAGAAAUGAGAUGUCAAUAUGAGUCUAUCAUGGAGACAAACCGCAGAGAUGUGGAAGAGUGGUUCAGCACGCAGAUGGAGGAGCUGAACCAGCAGGUGGUGACCAGCUCUCAACAGCAGCAGUGCUGCCAGAAGGACAUCAUCGAGCUGAGACGAACCAUGAAUGCCCUGAAGGUUGAACGGCAGGCCCAGCACCAAAUGAGAGACUCCCAGGAAUGCAUCCUGGCGGAGACGGAGGCCCGCUACACAGCUCUGCUGGCCCAGAUCCAGUGUCUGAUCGAUAACCUAGAGGCUCAGGUAGCAGAGAUCCGAUGUGCCCUGGAGAGGCAGAACCAAGAAUAUGAGAUUCUGCUGGACGUCAAGUCCCGGCUGGAGUGUGAGAUCGCCACAUACCGCAGCCUUCUGGAGAGCUCGGACAGCAAGCUUCCCUGUAACCCGUGUGCCGCUAAAUGUGAGCCUUGCAUUUGCACAACCAGUAAGGCCAGAGCCGUGGGAUGCCCGGCCCCCGUGUGCACACUGCCCUCGGCUCCCCGCGGGAUACCCGAGCCCAGCUGUGCCUGGAGAGCCCUGCCCCGACUGCUGGUUAAGAUCUUCACCAUCACCAAGGAGAUUCAGGAUGGGAAGGUCAUCUCUUCUCACGAGCACGUGCAGCCAUGCUUCAUCCUCAGAGCUGCCAAGGUCUAA